AUACAGUACGAGAAAAAUGUACUCAACUUAAGUGAAAACAGUUUCACUGAUAACGAGGACAUAGAGAAGAAGGAGUGCUCGACUGCAGGUGACAACACAUCCCAAAGUGUCUACACUAAUAGUGAGAGUAAUAGCGAUACUCUGUGGACACCGGAACCCCAAUCACCGUCUCAUUCAACGCCACCAAAAUUACCACAAAAAUUGCACGAAAAUCUGGUUAAAAAGUUUAACAAUGAAAACAAUAUUGUAGUUAUAAACACAGGGGAGGACACCAUCAGUUCGUCUAUCGCACCCGUAGCUAACACUAGCCCUACCGAAGCCGAAACGUCUUGUAGAAGCGGUUUCUCAUUCAAUAACAUUAUUACAAACGCCGGCUUUUAUGUGAAACAAACGCUAGGGCUGUCCACCCGUACCGGCACUGGUGUUAGUGAUGGUGUGGCCGAUGACGGGGUGAACAGAGACGGCAAACUACCAGAGAUUCAAAGUACACUUCCCAUACUUAAACUAUCGCCUGUAUCCACACCAAUACUCUCGCCAUUAGCGCCGGGCUCUCACUCCUCGGCGCCCAUCAACUAUCUGGACGUUGUUCUGAAUGCCGACACAUUUAUUACAAACGCCAGUUCCCCACACAUGCCAUACAUUACAUUCACUGCAUGUGUGAACAAUACUUUGGCGAACUGUCCGAACCGGGAGACGGCGGCCACCGUUUACCCCCUGUUCAACACAAUGAACUCAUUUGUACCCUAUUUUCUCAUGACUGCCAAAGACUUAGCAAAACUCAACGAAUUGAAGCGAUUGUUUACUGAGAAAUGCGGCGAAUGUGUCGACACAACUAACGAUAGAAAGGCCGACACU